UAAGCUGUCACACAGUAGAGCCAGCAGAGACUCAUCACACUCAGAGAGACCAGUGACAUCAGGCUGAGACAGGCUUACUGCUGGUAUCAAGAUGCCCACCACCACAAGAAUCAUUUCUGACACCCGGAAUUCAGAUAAAGCAAAAAAAGCCAAAAAUGGAAACACAGAGAAGAUCCCGGCCUACGAACCAAAUAUCCCUGAGCCAAAAUGCAGAGCUGAUCUCAUCAAACACUGGUUUAACCUGUCCAUGGAUGACAAAACCGCUAAUAAGAUGCUGUGGAUCACAGAGGGUGGUGCGAAGGUGGCCCGUAUGACCGAUGAUGCCACUUGUCCCGUCUUGGAUAGACCAGAGAGAUAUGAGUAUGCUCCACAGGUUCUUUGCAAAGAAGGCAUCCUCGGCUUCCGAGGCUACUGGGAGGUAGAGUUCUCAGGAUGGGUCGUGGUGGGGGUCGCCUACGAACGAGCAGGAAGGAGGAACAGCGACGGGUCCUGCGGCCUGGGAGAGAACGAGGAGUCCUGGGGUCUUGGGUGGAGUGGUUCCAGCUAUAAUGCCUGGCACAAAAGCCAGAGUAUAGAGAUCACAGGGAUUCCUAAGUGCUCCAGAAUUGGUGUAUACCUUGACCAGCCUGCUGGUAUCCUUAAUUUCUAUGCUGUGGAGGAGGUGAUGGAGGGAGAAGAGAGCACUGGAGGGAAGGAGGUUCAACUUUUGCAGCAGAUUAAUGGCUCCUUUGAGGAGAAAAUUAUACCGGGUUUCUGGAUAGGGCCACAGUCACACUGUUUGAUCAUAAAGAAUGAGGAAUAAAGGACUGAAUCAACAUUAUAUUAUCAUGUGAAACUAUUUAAUCUUUUUGUAAUGAAGCUACCGUUAUGGCAGCCUUAAACAAAAAAUGACUGGACACCAACACAGUCACAUAUGACUUCCAUUUGAACAUUUACUAAUGACUUAAGCAUGCAUUAAUCCUAUGCACAUUAUAUAUUCCUUAUAUACAGUAUAUGUGAGGCAGAUAUAUAGUACAUAGGUUAGUACACUUCAUUAAAGGGAACAAAGAGCAGUUCAGUUGGGAUUCACCUACCACCGAACCACUCAAGGUCUAUACUGAUAUAUUUAUAUGUAUUUUUAUUCCUCCGUUGUUAUUGUUUGCUAAGAAUGUAUAGGGUCACCUACUUUGGUAUGAAUGUAUACAGAAUUUGAAUAUGCAAAAGUUUAAAUAAAUAAUAAAAUGCUGAGCAAAACA